ACCACAUUCCGGAAUUGUAAUCCACCACAGUGCGUUAUAUGCUCCUUGUGUGGCGUUUUGGUGUGUAGGUUAAGUCUUCGGUGUGUAAUUUCGGAUAUUUUGUUGUGUUGUCGUGGCAUGUAGAUAAAAAAGAGAACUCGGUUGCAAUGCAGAUCCUCACUCCUCGCGUUUACUGGGCUCAGCGACACGGAGAAAUUUAUCUCCGAGUGGAGCUGAGCGAUACCAAGAAUCUUGAAAUCAACCUGCAAGGCAACACAAUUCAGUUCAGAGCACAAGGCCAUGGAGCUAAAGGAGAUAAUGAAUACAAGUUUAGUUUGGAGUUUUUGGAAACCAUUAGACCUGAGAUUGAACAUAAGUCAACACAGCGUCAGGUAGACAUCAAAAUCAAGAAGCAGGAAGAGCGCUGGUGGGACCGCCUGACGCUGCAGGAGAAGCGGCCUCUCUUUCUGGCUCCUGACUUCAACCGCUGGCUGGAUGAGUCUGAUGCUGAGAUGGAGCUUCAGGCAAAGGAGGAAGAAAAGAUUAACAAGAUAAGUGUAGAGUCAAGAGUUCGUAAAGAUCCCUACCUGGGCCUGAAGAAAGGCUACUUAUUUAUGUACAAUCUGGUGCAGUUCCUUGGAUUCGCCUGGGUCUUUGUCAACUUGACGGUUCGACUCUUCAUUCUUGGUCGAGAUUCAUUUCAUGAUACCUUCCACACCACAGCUGACGUGAUGUGCUUCUGCCAGAUGAUGGCGGUGCUGGAUGUGAUUAAUCCCCUGUUAGGCUUGGUUAAGACAGGCUUUUUUCCUGCCAUGAUACAGGUCGCAGGGAGGAAUGUCAUUUUAUUUGUCAUCUUUGGCUGCUUGGAAGAGAUGCAGAACAAACCUGUCAUCUUCUUCGUGUUCUACCUGUGGAGUGCCGUUGAAGUCUUCAGGUACCCUUUCUACAUGCUGGCCUGCAUUGGCAUCGAGUGGAAGCUGUUGACGUGGCUCAGAUACAGCCUUUGGAUCCCACUGUACCCGCUUGGGGUUGUCGCUGAAGCGGUGGCCGUGAUUCAGUCCCUCCCUAUCUUUGACGAGACACGUCUGUUCAGCCUCCCUCUGCCUGCGCAGCUGGGGCACUACUUAAGCUUUUCAUACACUCUGCAGCUCUACUUGGUGCUCAUGUUUCUGGGGCUCUUCAUUAAUUUCCGUUACCUCUACAAACAGAGGAGGAGACGUUAUCGAUCAAGGAAAAGGAAAGUUCACUAAUGGAGGAAGGCGUAACACAUACUCUUGAGCCACAAUACGUCCCCCCCCCCCCCCCCAUUUCCUUUUCCAUGCAAGUCAUACUGAUGAAUAUAUUCUUGUUUUCCUGGAUGGGAAUUUCUAGAUAUUUUCUCUUCCUUAAAUUGCUCUAUCUAUACAGUUCUACCCUACCGUGAUGUUUUUGACUGGCUCGUGUUUUGUUCAUGUUUUGAGAGGAGAAACAUGUUCUUUAUAAUAUUAUUUACAUCGAUAAAUCAAAUGUCUAGUUUUUUUUCUUUUUUACCUGAUAUGAUGUAUGAGCCUGAUCAGUUUCCUGCUGAUCUGUGUUUGAAACACAAGCUGGCAGGUUGAACCUUCCAUCAGUGGCAUAAAUGAGUUGAUAAGGAUUUCGUAUUCUGAGAUUGGCUGGCAACCAAUCCAAGAUGUGCCCUACCUCUCUCCCAAAAUCAGCUGGAAUAUCCAUCAGCAUGCCCUCAACCCGAGUGCAGAUAGGCUGUAUAAAAAAGUGAUGAUGGACUGAUGGAUUUUUUUGGGGGGGAGUCUCUUCCGAAUGGCUUAAUGCAUGAUGUUGUUGCUAAAUGUCAAAGCACUUGAAUAGUAGUCACACUUUCUUAUGUUGUGGCCUGUUCAUAAUGGCUGUGUAGCUGAGUUAAUUGCAUUCUCAGCGGCACCAUUUUCAUAUGACAGCUAAAUCCAAAUGACUGCUGUUUGUCAACGCAGCAUUUCCGUACUAACACUCAAAUGUCCAAGAUGAAAAAUUUGAAAAGUUGUAUGCUUCAGAAACACUCAGCCUCACCAUCCAUCCAUCCAUCCAUCCAUCCAUUUUCCGAUCCGCUUUAUCCUCACAAGCUUCACGGGGUUGCUGGAGACUACCCCAGCCGUCUUUGGGCAGUAGGCGGUACACCCUGAACCAGUUGCCAGCCAAUCACAAAGAGAAACAACCAUCCGCACUCACACUGAGGGACAAUUUUGAGUGUUCAAUCAGCCUACCACGCAUGCUUUUGGAAUAUGGGAGGAAACCGGAGUACCCAGAGAAAUCCCACGCAAGCCCAGGGAGAACAUGCAAACUCCACCCAAGAAGGCCGCAGCUGAAAUCUAACCCGGUACCUCUGCACUGAGAUGUCAACGCAUGAACCUCUCGACCACUGGGCCACCACACUUAGCCUUAUUUUGUUAAUAAUUUAUUCAGAUUCAAUUAAAAUGUCGAUUUUUGGGAGGCAACUAAUUCAGGGUGUACCCUGCCUACUGCCCGAAGUCAGCUGGGAAAGGUUCUCGCACCCCCGCGACUCUCCUCAGUAUAAACCAUCAUCUACCGCUUAUCCGGGGCUGGGUCGCGGGGGCAACAGCUUGAGCAGGGAAGCCCAGACUUCCCUCUCCCUAGCUACUUCUUCCAGCUCUCCCCGGGGGAUCCCGAGUCGUUCCCAAGGCAAGCUGGGUGACAUAGUCUCUCCAGCGUGUCCUGGGUCUUCCUCGGAGUCUCCUCCCGGUGGGACAUGACCGGAACACCUCACCAGGGAGGCGCUCAGGAGGCAUCCGAAUCGGAUGCCCAAGCCACCUCAUCUGGCUCCUCUCGAUGUGGUGGAGAAGCGGCUCGACUCUGAGCCCCUCCAGGAUGACUGAGCUUCUCACCUUAUCUCUAAGGGAGAGCCCGGACACCCUGCGGAGAAAACUCAUUUCAGCCGCUUGUAUCCGGGAUCUCGUUCUUUCGGUCACGACCCAUAGCUCGUGACCAUAGGUGAGGGUUGGGACGUAGAUCGACCGGUAAAUUGAGAGCUUCGCCCUUUGGCUCAGCUCCUUCUUCACCACGACAGACCGAUACAACGUCCGCAUCACAGCAGACGCUGCACCGAUCCGCCUGUCGAUCUCCCGCUCCCACCUACCCCCACUCGUGAACAAGACCCCAAGAUACUUGAAAUCCUCCACUUGGGGUAAGAUCUCCUCCCCGACCCGGAGGGGGCACUCCACCCUUUUCCGACUGAGGACCAUGGUUUCAGAUUUGGAGGUGCUGAUUUUCAUCCCAACCGCUUCACACUCGGCUACGAGCAGAACAAGGGAGUACCCAGCAGGAGUACUCUUCCAGCACACCCUCCAAGGACUCCAAAAAGGCUGGGUAUGCUGAGCUGCUGUUUGGUGCAUAUGCACAAACAACAGUCAGGACCUGUCCACCCACCCGAAGGCGGAGGGAGGCAACCCUCUCGUCUACCGGUGUGAACCCCAAUGUACAGGCACUGAGCUGGGGGGCAAUGAGUAUGCCCACACCUGCUCUGCGCCUCUCACCGUGAGCAACUCCAGAGUAGAAGAGAGUCCAACCUCUCUCUCGAGAGAGAACUGGUACCAGAACCCAGGCUGUGUGUGGAGGCAAGUCGGAAAUUCUCUGCCUCACACACCAGCUCGGGCUCCUUCCCUGCCAGAGAGGUGACAUUCUGUGUCCCAAGAGCUAGCUUCUGCAGCCAAGGAUCGGACCGCCAGGGUCACCGCCUUUGGCUGCCGUCCAGCUCACAUUGCACCCGACCCCUUCGGCCCCUCUCAUGGGUGGUGAGCCCAUGGGAAGGGGGACCCACGUUGCCUCUUCGGGCUGUGCCCGGCCGGGCCCCAUGGGUGUAGGCCCGGCCACCAGGCGCUUGCCAACGAGCCCCACCUCCAGGCCUGGCUCCAGAGGGGGGCCCCGGUGACCCGCGUCCGGGCAAGGGAAACCUAGAUCCAUUUAUUGCAAUCAUCAUUGGGGUCUUUGAGCCGUGCUUUGUCUGGCCCCUCACCUAGAACCUGUUUGCCAUUGGUGACCCUGCCAGGGGCAUAAAGCCCCAGACAACUUAGCUUCUAGGAUCAUUGGGACACACAAACCUCUCCACCACGGUAAGGUGACGAUUCACGGAGGGGUCAGUAUAAACCGUUUCAGAUAAUGGAUGGAUGGAUUUUUUUGGUGGAGGCCAUUUUUUUCUGUUUUACACUGAUUUACAUUAGUUGUGUGUUUUGGUUGUUGAAUGCUAUGUUUGUAUUUAUCCUAUGACAUAUUUUGGGAAAGUCAAAUAAACAACAACA